UGUGAAUAGUGAAUCACUUCGCAUGUGUCGGAUUCGGUAAAACGCGUUUGUUCUGAAGAGUCGACUCAGUGAAGUGAGUCGUGAUGGAGAUUUCUAACUCCUCCCUGUGCCAAGUGAAACAGACGGAGCGGACCGCAGGUCCUCCUUGUGUCUGUAGAACAGUUUAGUGAUUCUCAGAGCCGAUGGCUAACCGAGGGCCGAGUUAUGGCCUGAGCCGUGAGGUGCAGGAGAAGAUCGACCAGAAAUAUGACCCCGAGCUGGAGGCUCGACUCGUGGACUGGAUUGUGGCUCAGUGUGGAGACGACCUGCAGCGCCCACAACCUGGCAAACAGAACUUCCAAACCUGGCUGAUGGAUGGCACGAUUCUCUGCCGCCUCAUUAACAGCCUCUACCCCAGCGACAUGCAGCCCAUAAAGAAAAUUCCGGAAACCAAGAUGGCUUUUAAACAAAUGGAGAAAAUCUCUCAGUUCCUGCAGGCUGCAGAAGCUUAUGGUGUGAACAGAGGAGACAUUUUCCAGACUGUUGACCUGUGGGAAGGGAAGGACAUGGCUGCAGUCCAGAGGACACUCAUGGCUCUGGGAAGUGAAGCUCUCACCAAAGAUGAUGGUCAUUACCAUGGCAACAAGGACUGGUUCCACAGGAAAACUAAAGGCCACAGGAGGGAGUUCUCAGAGGAGCAGCUUCGUCAGGGUCGCACUCUGAUCGGUAUGCAGAUGGGCAGUAACCGCGGUGCGUCUCAGUCAGGUAUGACGGGCUACGGCACGCCGCGACAGAUAAUGCGCUAUGAUUCGCCACGUCGCAAUGGAGAACCGAGCUCCCCCUAAAAACUCCCCUCGCAAUGGUACAACCCAGAUCCAGAGCUCUUCCUUUUCAUAAUGUUUCAUUCAUCUGCUCAGUUUUCUGUCCAAACUCCCUGAUUAUUUAUUUUCCCACUUCCCCUAUUUUCACACACCUUGUGUUCCUUCAGCUACGAAUCAGAAAAAUCCCGGUGUUUAAAAUGAUAUCAUCAAACACAAAAACAUGAACACAUUGUCGCUAGGACAUGCUUUUAGUGCACCAUGUGGCUAGAAAUCAUCAUGAGCUUCAUUCAUCAGUUCAGUACUGACUGAAAUAAACCCGUGUUUCAGUAAACAGCAGUGUAAAGCGGUGGUUUAGCUACCACAUGUUUAACGUCCAGUUGCUAAGUAGCUCGCUAAUUGGCUAAAUCUGUUCACAUGCUAGUCAGUAACCUUGCACAUUGUUUACUUUCCCCCCUUUUUAGUGAACCGAAAGAUUGCCCUUCUUUUAUCCUCUUCAGAGAACAAUAAAGAUUUUGGUAGCAAUAUAUAAUAAAAGAAAAAAUGAAAAACUAAAAAAAAAAAAAUAAACAAAUUAAACAACAGAAAAGAUUUUUUUAAAUGCACGUGUGUGUGUAUAUGCACAUGGAGAAAUCAAAAUCAAAAUAUUUACCAUAAAACUACAAGAAACUGCACGUCUAACAGAGCGCCUGGCCUCCUAGCUAAGAAUCAAAACCUCUUUUCUUUUUUUUACCUACAGCUCAGGGGAAUGAGGAACGUGUGAAGUGAUGAAGACAAAUCAAACUCGCUUUAAAUCACAGGCUACACAGGAAGCCGUUAGCGUAGCUGCAUGUACUCUCGUGUUCAUGGAAUAAAUCUCACACACUGUUAUUAGAACUGAUCUGGAAUUAGCUGCAAGAUCAUUUCUGGAUCAGAUCUUUAGAAAAACACUAAACAGCUUCAUGCUAACAGGAAGUGUACAUAUGGCUGUACAAGAAAGAACCGAACAUCAGACUAGCGACAAGAACAAACCUAUUAACAUUCCUGUAAGUUUGAGAAGUAUGGUUUCAAACACCUUCAGUGCUAGAAGCUUUACAGAAAAACUACAGGUAUCUCAGGAGGAGCUAAAAUUCCCAAAAUAGGGUUUUGCGAGCUAGCAAAAGUCACCAUGGGAUUUUGUUUCUACCUGGCUAAAGGUACCACGAGAAGUUACUACACACCAGCUGAAGUUACCAGGAGUUAAUUGAUAGCAUGUGAAAGGAUACAACAUGCUAGCUAAAGUUAGCACAUGCUUUGUGCUAAUUCAAUAACCGACCAGUAGGAGUUUAUUGCCAACAAGCUACCCUUAUCACCAGUUACUAUUAGCUGUCUAAAGGUACCACAGGACAUUGCUCGCAACAAAUAUUUCCUGCUAGCUAGCUAAAUUAACCACAUAUUUUUUGCUAUUAGCUGUCUAAAGGUACCACAGGACAUUGCUAGCUACAUAUACUGUAUUUUCUGCUAGCUAGCUAAAUUAACCACAAGUAAUUGUUCUUAGCUGUCUAAAGGUACCACAUGACAUUGAUAGCUACAUGUAUGUAUUUCCUGCUAGCUAGCUAAAUUAACCACAAGUAGUUACUAUUAGCUGUCUAAUAUUGUCACCAAGUUAGAGCUAGUUGGUUGAAACUAACUGCAAGACAGCUACAGAAGGUUUUCACUCUCUUGCUAAAGUCACCACAGGAUAUUGCUAGCUGGCUAGUUCUCGCUGAUGUUGGAUUUCAAAAUAUUUGGAAGUAACUGGGUAUGAAAUCUUCCUCAGACCGUGGCCUUGAUGUAGGAUAGUUAAGGCUUAAACUUCAUCAUUCCCUGACAGUAUUAAUAGUGUGUUAUAUUUGUGAUAUUUUAUUCUUAUUUCUACACAAAACAUGACAAUAAUGUGACAACGUUGUGUUUAAAUUGUGACUUUAAUGUGUUAAAAAGCCAUAGUGUUUUCCUUAAUUCCUUAAUAGAAGCCAUAUUGAAGCUGUUGCACUUUUGGAGCCAUCUUUAAAUUUUGUUCUUAGACAGAUUACAGUUUUAUAUUUCAGACAUUUAUAUACUCAUACAUUUUUUUUGUUUGCUUGAAGAGUCACAUUUUUGGCUUUAAUUCCAAGUGAAUGAAUGUCACAAUGAUGUCAUGCUGUGUCUCAAAUCGUUUAUGUACUGCAAACUAGCUGAAGUUACCACAGGAUUUUACUGCUAGUUAGCUAAGAUUGAUGCCAGAUAUUCUUCCUAGCUAGCUAACGUUGAUACCGGAUUUUCAUGCUAGCUGGCUUAAUAAAGUUACCACAGGAUUCUACUGCUAGCUAGCUAGCUAACGUUAAUAUAAUUACUGCUAGCUAGGGAAAAAGUAAAAUUUAGAACCCUUAAGUUGUGAGUUUCUCUGAGGUAAUCGUUUUAAAACUGAGUGUUUUUUUCUAUAUGAAUGUGUCAGAAGUAAAAACUUGUUCUGAAAGUCAAGGAACACUUAUCUGUCCUCUCUCUGUGUUCAGUGUUCUAUAAACAUGUGCUAGAACUGGAGAGUGUGGAACACGCAGAGCAGCAGUGCUAGGAGAACAUUUGGAAUUUGUUAAGAAGUUAUUGUUUGAUUUGAGACGUUACAAACGUGAAUCAGUUCAAAUCUAGAGCUCUUAAAGGAUCAUCAUGUGGUCCUUAAAUAGAAACCAUAGAACCGAUUAGAACUACAGUUCCACAGAAUGCUGGAGGAACCCUUUAUUCGGCGUACUCAAUAACGUUACGCCGAAGUGUGAGUCAGAGUCAGAGCCUCUCUGGUGCCGUCCUUUACGCCAUGCUAACCGGUCGUCUGCAGUCGUGUUUCCGUUCUUGUAACCCAGACCUCGGGAACUUUCCAACAUUCCAGAACAGAUUGCUAUGAUGUCAGAGUGAUGGACGUGCCUGAGGCUGGAGAUGAUGAUCUCACUCACGCUUCUCUAGGCUAGAACAUCUAGGAGCUCGAUGCAGUGCAGUGUAGGGAACCGACGUGAGUCAUGAAGGUGAAGGUCACGUGAACGCCGUCAUGCAUGGGGAUAUACUCGAGCCAGUUCCAUGAGCUUUAUAAUCAGAACUGCAGUUAUAAUCACAUCAGAAAUUUUCUGAUUGGAAUUUGUAGGAAAUUCGUUUUAAACACAACAUGGAUCCAUACUGUGGAUGUGUUUAAACUGAAAAUAAUACUCUCACUGGAACUGUGUUACUACACUAUAUUGGCAAAAGUUUUGGGACACCCCUCCAAAUCAUCAUUGAGUUCAGGUGUUGUUUUUCAGGGGUUGGACUCCGCCCCUUAGUUCCAGUGAAAGGAAUGCUUCAGCUUCAUACCAAGACAUUUUGGACAAUUUCAUGCUCUUUGUGGGAACAGUUUGGGGAUGACCCCUUCCUGUUCCAACAUGACUGCACACCAGUGACCAAAGCAAGGUCCAUAAAGACAUGGAUGAGUGAGUUUGGUGUGGAGGAACUUGACUGACCUGCACAGAGUCCUGACCUCAACCCCAUAGAACACCUUUGCCCAAACUGUUCCCACAAAGUUGGGAGCAUGAAAUUGUCCAAAAUGUCUUGGUAUGAAGCUGAAGCAUUAAGAGUUCCUUUCACUGGAACUAAGGGGCCGAGCCUGACCCCUUAAAAAACAACACCUGAACUCAAUGAUCUGGAGGGGUGUCCCAAAAUGUUUAGGCUAUAUAGUGUGUGUAUAUAUAUAUAUAUAUAUAUAUGUAUAGCAUCAGUUUUCACAGUUUUCAUGUGCACUUGAUUGAGUUGAUUUUUUUUAUUUUCCCCCUAAAUAGUUUCCCAAGAGUCAGAUGAAAAUAUUUCAUUUUUCUCAAACUGCGUGUUUGUCUUUUUUUUUUCUUUUUUUUUAAAGAAAUGUAAGGAAAGAUAAAUGAAUUAGUUUGAAAUGAUUGUGCAGUUUUACAGUAUUAAACAAAGCAGUGUGUAAUGUUGUUGCAGUAGGUAUGCACCGGUUUCCCAUGCUUUAACAAGUUUGUGUUGUGAAAAGUGUGUAAAAGGCAAACGUGUACAGAUACUGACAGACUUGCAGGCAAAAAAUGACGAUUUUGCAUUAAAAUAAUAAAUAAAAUACAGCAGUCGCUGCAGCUGAAAAUGUGCUAAGAUCUGCAGCGACACAGACCGAUAUCAGCUGAUACAGUGUGAGAUCCUGUGUAAUUAAAAACUAACACAUUAAUAUAGGAUUGCAUUGUGUGUAAUUAAUCGGUAAUUAGAAGAUUGCUGUCCAUCACUGUACGAGUUUAAACACUUUGUGAGAGGUCAAUAAAUCUGUUUGAAUUCCUA